AUGGCCCUUGGAGAGUGUGGACGUCAUCCUCUGUAUGUGGAUAGUGCCGUCAGAUGCAUCAAAUACUGGAUCAGACUCCUUCAUCUCCCGUCUCAUCGACUACCACGCAAGGCAUAUGUCAUGUUGUAUAAUCUGGACAAUGUUUUUUGUGAAGACCAUUUUGAGCCAGACUGUUUCGAGUAUGAUCUCCAGGCAAGAGUUUUAGGGGUAGAGCCACAUCUGAAACUGAAGGGAGAUGCAGUCCCUACUCCCUUUGUUCAUAGAAAGAGACAGGGAGAAGAGAAGAGAGAUGAGAGAAGGGAUCGCCUGAUAGAAAGGAAAAGAAAGCAGGUUAUCAGCAGUGUCAUCAGCUCUCCAGCCAUCACAAAAAGCAGGAAGUCUAAGAAGAAAUCAUCAGAUCAUGCACCCAAGAAGAGAGGUUUGAAUUCCAACCAUGGCAACAUUGAAGUUUGCUCUGUUGUAAGUAUUUGUUCUUGUUAAGCAUCUUCUGAAUUCAAGGAAAAAAUGUGACUUU